AUGGCAAGCCGGCGUGUGCACUAUGGUGCUGCUUUCAAGAGAAAGGUGAAGGAUUCCAUCACCGAAGCUCUCAAGAAAGGCGCAAACGCCCAACGAAAGCGAGUGAAGCAAGCGACGUACGACGAUGUGGACCAGGCAUUUUUUUCGUGGUUCAGGGACACCAGAGCACGAAACAUUCCAGUGUCUGGAGCCAUCUUACAGCAGAAGGCCAAGGAUUUUGCAUGCCUGCUGGACUGUAACGAAUUCAAGGCGAGCUGUGGGUGGCUUCACCAAAUCAAGGCAUGGCACGCCAUUGUCAGAAAGGUCGCGAGUAGUGAAUCAAGUUCAGCCGAUGCACCUGAAGGUGCUGCAUGGAUAGAAAAGGAACUGCCGGAGAUUAUGAUGCGCUACCAGACAACAGACAUCUGCAACAUAGAUGAAUCCAGAUUUUUAUACCAAAUGCUUCCGAACAGAACAUUGGCGCUGAAAGGGGACUCCUGUCACAGCGGAAAGCAAAGCAAGCUCCGUCUCACAGUUGUUCUCUGCGUGAAUAUGGAUGCAACUGACAAGCGGGUACCACUUGUCAUUGGCCGCAGCAAGAAGCCACACUGCUGUAAAGGGUCCAGGCGCCUGGACGUGGAAUACACUUCAAACCUGAAGGCUUGA